GGCUCCAGCAAACAUUGAGAAAGCGACAAACGUACAAUUGAACUUCAAUCGUUCUUCAUUCUUCAAUAAUCUGUAAAUUGUGUAUAUAGAAAACUGAGCACUGAAGUCUUUUCCGUAGACUUAUUAAUAUUAUAUACAUUGUAGUGUUAGAGUAAUAAACUCGUUUUAGUGUUAAAGUAACGAAAUUAUUAUUUACGUGAGUUAGCAGCCGAGGAGAAACAGUAUUGCAAAUUGAAGAUAGUGCAAAAAUUGCCUACCUAGAUUAUAUUUUCCUGUCGCGAAAAACAACAAUUCGUAACAAAUGUGAAAAUUUAACCGACACGAUAAUUAUUAUUGACACGAUUAAAGAGUAAUGUAACCUAUAUUAAUGAGGUUAACUAAUAAAGCAAAAUAUUUUAUGGCUUAAAAAAAACAUUAUUGGCUAUUUUAAUUUCAGGCAGUAAAUCAUGACAAAUAUACACUGAGCUACGAAUCGAUCUCAGCGUGUGUGAGAAACCGACAAAUAAUUUCCUUUUCGGAAUACGACUCUGCAUAUAGCUGGUUUCUCCGGCAGAAACGAAUCGAAAAAUAUGAGAAAAUUCUUGAUAAUAUGCAGAAAAUACCAUCGUUUUACCACAUCGGUCAAGAUGAAAUUACCUGCAGAUUUUAUAUUAUAAGACCGAGCCACCACUCUGAACUGAAACCUUAUCUCUAUGUAAUAAGCUGUCAAAGAAAGAAUGCUGCAACAUUAGCUAAUAUGAUAUGCUACGUUUUUCUAAGCUUUGUUAUCAUGAAUAGGAUUAUAAGAGUGAAUCUUACCUGUUGUAUUCAUGUUACAAACAACGUUAACCGUAAUCUUCAGUAUCUUAAACAACCGCAUAUCUUUUGUAAUAAAUUGGCGUAUGUUGGACGCCUUUUUCAACAGCAAAUUACAAUUGAUUGGAAAGACCCUUUAUACUGUUGGUUGAAGCUCAUCUACUUUAAUUUCAUUGCAAAACAAGGUCUGUAUAACCGUAUUGCAUCACGUAACUUCAACAAAAUUUCUAGAAUAACAGCGGUUUUUCAAACUGAAGUCGAAAGAAAUAGCAAGCCAUCUAGUUGUUUAGAUCCAUUCGAUCAAACAACAUCGAAACACAACAGUGUGCAGUUUGAAAAUCGAUUUUCUACCGAUUAUUGUAUCAAAUACUGUAAAUCAUUUAUUUAUGAACAGCACAAAUACACUAUUGAUGGAAUUGAUUACAUGUAUAAGAUAUUAAAAAACGCUAUUUACAACCAAUCAACUAGUAAUAAUAGAAGCGGCAUUUAUGUAAAAAGAUACACGGAAAAUGAAAUUCACCAACAAACCAAACUUGAAACUGUUUGUAUAGGAGAAUGUUCCGGCAAUUUGUGUUGUCCGCUCAUUGGCAAAACAAAAUUCGGAAUUAUUGUGGAAAGAAAAAAUCAAAUCGAAUCUAUCAUUACCAAUUAUGCGUCACAUCAUCAAAUAACCAGCACACAGUUACAUCAUCAGCGCAAAUUCUGCUGCUGCAUUUUGAAUUCAAGAAGAACCGAAGAAAUCAAAACAUCAGGAAAAUCAGCUACUUCUACAAAAAUAUUGAAGAUCUUACAGAUCAACCUACAGUUGUUACUUCUGUUGUGGUUGUGCGUACCGAACGUUUCGUCGUCUUACCAGAAUGUAAGGUAUAGCACCAAUAUUAUCAAAACGAAAUAUGGACCAAUACGAGGAAUCCUGAAGCAUUCAAAUCCAAUCGUAGAAACGUUCUUAGGAGUUCCGUACGCUUCACCUCCCGUGGGCAAUUUAAGAUAUAUGCCACCUGUAACCCCGUCUAUGUGGAAAACAGUGCGACUCGCUGAUAAUUACUCACCUGUAUGCCACCAAACUCUUCCUAAGUCACAAUUUGGCUCAGAUUAUCCUGACAUUCACCUAUUUCCUCGUUUAACACAGUUACGUCGUCUGUUACCUCUUCUGGCGAAUCAAUCAGAGGAUUGCUUGUACCUAAAUUUAUACGUACCACGAUCUGGCGAAUCAGUCGAACCAUACGGACCACCAAAAGCUACUAUAGUUUAUAUACAUGGUGAAUCAUACGAAUGGAGCUCUGGUAACCUGUAUGAUGGCUCAGUUCUGGCAGCAGUAGGAGACGUGAUUCUUGUUACAAUAAAUUUUAGGUUAGGUGUGUUAGGAUUUUUGAAAACGGGAGCCAAAGGAAGUGCACAAGGGAACUUUGGAUUGAUGGAUAUAGUUGCUGCUUUACACUGGUUGAGAGAAAAUUUAUCAUCUUUUCAUGGUGAUCCGAAACGAAUCACAUUGAUGGGACAUGGCACAGGAGCAGCAUUAGCAAAUAUUCUAGUGGUUUCUCCUGUUGCUAAUGAUAUAAUCGAUCGCGUCAUACUAUUGAGUGGAUCAGCCUUAUCACCAUGGGCAAUACAAAAAGAUCCAAUUGCUGUGAAAAGGAUUGUUGCUGAGCAGACUGCAUGUCACUUAGAUAUAACAACAGAGGAUUUGGCUCCUUGUCUGCGUACCAAACCUGUAAAAGAGCUGCUGCAUAUUUAUCCUAAUAAUCCAAGGUUUCUUCCCGGCUUUGCACCAUUUGUGGAUGGAACAGUAAUUAUUAAUCGAAAUGCAGUGAAUCUGCGUUUGAAAUCAUUGCCGAGCGGAUCGGCGAUUACCAGCACAACUGGUAUUGAAUUUGCCAACUUUCCUACCCAAAACUUACUGUUUGGUUUGACAUCUUAUGAAUCAUAUUAUGACCUCAAUGAACAAGAUCUGGAUUAUGGCAUCAAUGAAACCCGUAGAGAUAAAAUCCUUCGAACGUAUGUAAGGAAUGUUUUCCACAUUCAUCUUAAAGAAAUAUAUUCGGCUCUACGCAAUGAGUAUACAGAUUGGGAACACCCUCCGAGGAGUCCUCUUGGUCAUCGUGACACAAUUUUAGAGCUUUUGAGCGAUGGUCACACAGCUGCCCCUUUAGUUCGUUUGGGUUAUUUGCAUAGCUUGCAAAAUGGAAAAUCAUAUUUUUUACAUUUUAGACAUCAAACUAGCGAACGAGAAUUUCCACUGCGUGAUGGUUCGGUUCGCGGAGAAGAUGUGCCUUUCACUUUCGGACUUCCACUAUCACCAUUGUUCUCAUCAAAUUACACGCAAGAAGAUAAGCAAAUUAGUCGAACUUUGAUGCAGUAUUUGACCAAUUUUGCUAAAACAGGUAAUCCAAACAGUUUGAGGAUGUUUAAUCUAGAGAACAUAUCUGAGAAUAAUAAAGUCAAUAUUCCAUACCAUAGCGAUAAUGUUCAACACAAUAAACUUGAGUUUAGAAAAAAAUCUCUAUUGGGUGAACGCAUGUCGUUGUUCAACAACCAACGCAUGAAUACUAUGUAUGAAAGGGAUACAUUUUCUAAUAAUGAUGGUAUUGCUGAAACUGGUAGAUUGCUUACCGAUGGUUAUAUGAAAAAUGACAAAACACAUCGAAACGAACCUAAUGUAAAACCAAAUUUAUUGCGAUACAAUAGCAAAGAUGCCAAGGAUGAAACCAAUGAAAAUGAAAACACACAAUCAUCACGUAACCUAGAAAAUUGGGAAUUUUAUGACCCAACUAACCAAAUUUAUUUGGAGUUAGGUAAGUCGGGUUGUAGUGCGUUGUCAAGAAGUCACUACCGCGGACAUAAAUUAUCUAUGUGGUUGAGCCUAAUUCCUCAGCUCCAUUCACCAGACGAUGCAUCAUAUCUACCAGUACGACACCAUCACUUUGCUGAGGUUAAGUCGGAGUAUUAUGAGGGAAAAGUUAGAAGUCAGCCUGUGUUGAAGGCUUCGAAACUAACUACGUUCACUAGAAGCACUACAAAACCAUUGAAAACUGCACCGAUUGUCGUGACAUUAGCAGAGACAACUUCAAAAGAUUGUCCACCAAACGUGACGGAAUUGAUUCCUGUUGCAGCGGAAAAUCCACAGCAUAAUCAAAUGACAAUCGUCGGCAAUAAUGUGGAUGUAAUGAACCAACUCGCCAAUAUGCAUUAUCAAAACUACUCCGUCGCGUUCAACAUUACCAUCGGCGUUGGUUGCUUCUUGUUGUUGUUGAACGUUUUGAUAUUCGCUGCAAUUUAUUAUCAAAGAGAAAAGCAUGCAAAUCAAAACAAGAAAAAAGUUGCGGUCGACGACGAAGUAAUGACAACAUUAUCAGUCAAUAAGCAACUUUGUCAUGAAACAAACGUCGUUUGCAAGGAUGAUCAACGCGACCUCAUGCUAAAUCUGGGAAAAAAUACUUCUGAAGUAACAGUACCUCCAAUUGAAUCCAAAAGCGGUGCUACAAACUCUACUAAAAAGAAACACAUAGUAGUAGAUAUUUGCACAACUAAUGUAUCAGCUAAUCAAUAUGAACGUCCAUUAUCGAAAACGUCAUGUUAUGAGUAUCCCCAACAUGUUUCAUUCAAAACAGUAAAGGCCGUUUCGCAUGAAAAUCUGUUACCAUCUUAUUCGUCGCAACUGUCCUCAGUAUCCGACUCGUCAUCUAACACAACAAGUGUUUGCACGCAUAUGCGACGAAACUCCUUAGCUACCAUGGGCACACAAUCAGAAAGCAUCUGUUGGCCGGAAACGCAAGACAUUGGCACAUCCGUCGACGAAAUAGAUCUGGAGUUUAGCUCCAUGAUGCCAAGCGCUUCACAAUCUCCUCGAGCUACUGGAUUUCAAAGUGGAAUUCUACGACAACAAACGAGUGCAAUAGUUCAUGGAACUACUAAAAAACGUGUUCAAAUACAGGAAAUAUCUGUAUAAUGUACAAAGCAGAAGGUUCUUCCGAAAUAUCGUGUGGACUUCAUUACGAAUGUACUACACAUCCUUAUAUCAUUCGAAUGUGAAAUAUGAUUGAAUUGAAAAUUAAAACAAUUGUAGCAUCAUUCAUUAUUAAAAUUCAGUUCGUAGAGUGAAUAGCAGAA